AUGCCUUUGCCCUGGAAGAAGACCGGUAGAGUUUCAAGAUUUUCACGUUUGGUAGCGGGUCUUCAUCACUCGCCUAAACGCGGCGGAUCUCUGGUAGUUGAGACUGGUUUUCCCACCUCUCUGGUUGAUCUCUUCGUCAAGAACAAAGAUCGCUUGAAAAAACCGUCGAAAAAGAGGUCUCCACCGUAUUCUCCGCUUCAAACCACCCGUCCUCCGCCGCCGCCGCCAUCUCCGGCGCCGUGUCAGGUGUCUCCGGAUGGUUUGGAGGUGAAUUCGGCGUCUGGGUUUGAAGCAACGAGGCGUAAUGUUCAGGAUUUGGCAGUGAUAAAUGAAUGCAAUGGCGGUGGAGAGGGGUAUGGGAUGUUUGAGAAGCGGGCUUUCGGGGUGUUUUUGAAGAUUUUGAUGGUGGCGGUUGUCGCUUUGAGUACUAAAAAGAUGGCCGUCGGGAUCACAAUGUCGGCGUUCUUGUUGUUCUUGGUCCAGUAUGCUGCCGGUUCUGGUGCUUUGGUUUUCUUGAAGCCGUGUUCGAAAGCAAGAGCAGUGCUCAAUUCUUUCGUGGUAAUGAUUAAAGUUUUGUAUUUUUCAAAUUCUAUCUCGAAGGAGGAGAUUGAUGAAGUUGAUGAUGAGAUUCAGAGAUGCAACGAAGACUCAUCAGAGGGCCAAUUGAUUGGUACAAGCGAUGUUUGUGAUUCUUUUGAGUUUGUUGAUGAGAUUGCUUUGAAGUCUCCGGGGAGAGAAAUUCAGGUUGCAGAUUCGAAUUGUGAUGGGGAGCAGUGCGAUGUUUUGAUAUGUAAAAAGGAUAGAAGCAGAAGUGAGAAAUUAAGAAGGAAAUUUGUUAAAAAUUUUGUUCCUAAGAAACUGCGUGAUGCAAAGAAAGAGUGGAAGAACAGAGAAAGGGAGAAGGAGAGGGAAAAGAAAAAGGAAAAGGUGUCCGAUUCCAACAGCGAGAUCGGUCUUUCUGGCAUGAAAGAUGAAAACUUGCAGAAGAUCAGUGAUCAAGAACAAGACUUUGUAGUUGGUAAUAGCCAGGUCGAAGUGGGUAAGGCUGUGGAGAUUGUUGAAAGAGAAAGAAAGAGGCGACACAACACCGAAACAGGCUUUGGGAAGAGGAAUAGUUAUCUGGGUGGGUUAAGUUUGUUUAAUGGAGAAGUGGUUGUAAAUGAGAAAGGCUCUGAGGGGUGUGGGGCUUUUACAGUAGGCUUUAAUAAUGCAAUUCCAUGUCGGUGUGGCAUUGAAGAGGCCAUUGGUGAUGGCUUGGAUGAGACCUGGAUCUAUAAUUUUAGCAUUAUCAGUUGUAGCACUUUUUAG